AGUGGGGGGAGGGGGAGAGAGAGAAAGAGGGAGGGAGGGAAAGCGGCAGGCCCAAAACCUCCCUCGCUUGUCUCUGUGCCCUCCCACCUCCUCCCUCUGCAAAACCCCAGCGGCAGCAGUACCCACCACUAUCCACUCACCACUCGACGCUACUACUACUCUACUGCACUUGCCUCCUCCGUUCUUUACUACUUUCGAACACUCUUUUGGUUGCUCCGCCAAUGCCGCCCUACUUUGUCUUCGCCCUCUUCCUCCCACUGCUACUGCUAUUUCCCCUCCUCAUCCCCGCCUACUCGCCGCCGCCGCUGGGGUCGGCCCCCCGUGUGAACCGCACCCCGGAGACCCAGGCGGAGAUCGACGCCCUGAUCGCGUUCCGCCUCGCCGUCCGUGACCCCCUCGGCGCUCUCGCCGGAUGGGACGCCGCCUCCACUUCCGCCCCCUGCUCCUGGCGAGGGGUCGCCUGCGCCCGUGACGCUCCACGCGUCGUCGAGCUCCGCCUCCCCCGCCUCCGCCUCUCCGGCCCCAUUUCCCCCCGCCUUGCUGAGCUCCGCCUGCUCCAUCGGCUUAGCUUGCGAUCCAACCUGCUCUCCGGCCCUCUUCCUCUGGCCCUCGCCGCCCUUACGCGCCUCCGUUCACUCUUCCUCCAGUCGAACGCCCUCUCCGGUCCCCUCUCGCCUGCCCUUCUCUCCAACCUCUCCGCCCUCCAAGUCCUCAGCCUCUCCGGCAACCUCCUCACCGGACCCGUCCCACCCGUCCUCCCCCCGUGCGUCCGAUACCUUGACCUCUCCUCCAACGCUCUCUCUGGCCCCAUCCCCGCCAACCUCUCCGCCGCUGCACCCCACCUGCAGCUUCUCGACCUCUCCUUCAACCGCAUCCGCGGCACCAUUCCGGGCGAUCUAGGCCGCCUCCCCGCGCUCGCCUUCCUUUGGCUCGACGGCAACCGCCUCGAGGGUACACUUCCUGCGGUCCUCGCCAACUGCUCCUCCCUCGUCCACCUCAGCCUCCAGGGGAACGGCCUCCGCGGCAUCGUCCCCGCAGCCAUCGUCGAGAUGCCCAAACUCCAGGUGCUCGCCCUCGCCCGCAAUGGCUUCUCUGGCGCGGUCCCCGCCUCCGUCUUCUACAACGUCUCUGGCACUAGCGGCUCCUCACUCCGGAUUGUGCAGCUCGGCCUGAACGAAUUCACGGAACUUGCUCCGCCACCACAAGGCUCCCGCGCCUCCGUCGCCCUCCAGGUCCUGGACCUCAGGCAGAAUAGGCUUGCCGGCGCAUUCCCUGUCUGGCUUGCCAAUGUGACGGGGCUCACGGUCUUGGAUCUCUCCAUGAACGCCUUUACCGGCUCCCUGCCGCCGGAUGUCGGACACCUCGCGUCACUGCACGAGCUCCGGCUUGGGUGGAACUCCAUGACCGGGCCGGUUCCGGUGGAGAUCGGGCGAUGCGGCGCCCUCCAGGUUCUUGAUCUUGAGGAGAAUCGGUUCUCCGGCCAGAUACCGACGUCUCUUGGGAGCCUCAGCCGGCUGAAAGAUCUCUACCUCGGCGGCAACCUCUUCUCCAGUACGAUUCCGGCGAGUCUUGUUAACCUCUCCAAGCUGGAAACCUUAUCUGUCCACGGCAACAACAUUUCUGGCUCCCUCACAGAGGAGCUGAUGCGGCUGAGCAACCUCACUACGCUGGACCUAGCUGGGAAUGGUAUCUCCGGUGAGAUUCCUGCCACCAUAGGAGACCUCACGGGGCUACAGACACUGAACCUGAGCAUGAACAGCCUCUCUGGCGUCAUUCCAGCGGCGAUCGGCAGGCUGCUGAACCUGAGGUUACUGGACCUCAGCAGCCAAAAGAACCUUUCCGGCGAUCUCCCGGCUGAGCUCUUUGGAUUGCCAAGUCUUCAGGUGAUAUCUCUCGCCGAUAAUUCAUUCUCCGGCCCAAUUCCGGAGGGCUUCAGCAGCCUAUGGAGCUUGCAGAUUCUGAACCUCACCGCCAAUGCCUUCUCCGGCCCAGUCCCGGCGACCUACGGCUACCUCCAGUCGCUCAGGGUUCUGUCGCUUUCCUACAACAACAUCACCGGCGAGGUGCCCGCGGAGCUCGCCAACUGCGCCAACCUCACCGUUCUACAGCUGCGGUCCAACGACUUGUCGGGCCCCGUUACGGUGGACCUCUCCCGUCUUUCCGACCUCAGAGAGCUCGACCUCGGCCGGAACAACCUCUCCGGGAAAAUUCCACCGGCUAUCUCCAAUUGUUCCGCCUUGGUCACCCUGAAACUCGAUGGCAACCGUCUCUCAGGCGACAUCCCUGACUCGCUCUCCAAUCUUUCCAAGCUCGAGGUGCUGGACCUCUCGGACAAUGAGCUCUCCGGCUCCGUUCCCUCUGCCCUUGCUCGCAUCUUCGGGUUGGCGUACCUCAAUGUGUCCGAUAAUAGUUUGAGAGGAGAGAUUCCGGGGGUGCUGAGCUCCCGCUUCGGCGAUCCGUCGGCGUUUGCUGGGAACCCGGACCUCUGCGGUUAUCCCUUGGACGGGUGCCAGAGGAGGAAGAGAAGCUAUCUCAUCCUGGUGAUCGGGCUCGCGGCGGCCGCGGCCUGCGUUCUUGUGCUUUUGUGCUGCUGCUUUGCUUUCAGCCUGUUACGCUGGCGGAGGCGCUUCCUAGACGGCCGGACCGGCGUGAAGAAACGGAGCCCCGGGAGGGGCAGCGGAUCAAGCGGAGGGAGCAGCGGUGGCGGGGAGAACAAUGGCGGGCCGAAGCUGGUUAUGUUCAACAACAGGAACACCUACGCGGACACGUUGGAGGCGACGCGGCAGUUCGACGAGGAGAACGUGCUCAGCCGCGGCCGUCACGGGCUGGUGUUCAAAGCGUGCUACAACGACGGCACCGUGCUGUCCAUCCUGCGCCUGCCGUCGACGUCGGCGGAUGGAGCCAUCGUGAUCGAGGAGGCGGCGUUCCGCAAGGAGGCCGAGUCGCUGGGGAAGGUGAAGCACCGGAACCUGACCGUGCUCCGUGGCUACUACGCCGGGCCCCCGCCGGACGUUCGGCUGCUGGUCUACGACUACAUGCCCAACGGCAACCUCGCCACUCUCCUGCAGGAGGCGUCCCACCAAGAUGGCCACGUCCUCAACUGGCCCAUGCGCCACCUCAUCGGCCUCGGCGUGGCCCGCGGCCUGGCUUUCCUCCACGCCUCUGGGGUCGUCCACGGGGACGUCAAGCCGCAGAACAUCCUCUUCGACGCGGACUUCGAGCCCCACCUCUCGGACUUCGGGCUGGAGCCGAUUGUGGUCACGGCCGGUGCGGCUGCGGCCGCAGCCGCGGCGUCGACUUCGGCGCUGCCCGUGGGAUCCCUGGGGUACGUGGCGCCGGACGCUGCGGCGGCGGGGCAGGCGACGCGGGAGGGCGACGUGUACAGCUUCGGAAUCGUGCUGCUGGAGCUGUUGACGGGGCGGCGGCCGGGGGCGUUCGCUGGGGAGGAAGAGGACAUCGUCAAGUGGGUGAAGCGGCAACUGCAGCGGGGGCAGGUGGCGGAGCUGCUGGAGCCGGGCCUGUUGGAGCUGGACCCGGAGUCAUCGGAGUGGGAGGAGUUCCUGCUAGGGGUAAAGGUUGGACUACUCUGCACCGCCCCCGACCCGGUCGACCGGCCUUCCAUGGCCGACAUCGUCUUCAUGCUCGAGGGCUGCCGCGUCGGCCCCGACCUCCCUUCCUCCGCCGACCCCACUUCCCAACACUCUCCCGCGUGAAUUCUUUCUCUUUCUUUUCCCGCUAAAUUAUCUUGUUGUUUUUUCGAAUCCCUUGUGGUGUUUCUUUCUAUUUCUUUCGAUUUUA